CCCCCGGCGGCCGGCUGAGGAGCCGCCGUUUCCGGAGUACACAGAGCGGGGCUGCUGGCCGUGCUGUGCCGUGAGGGGGUGACUGGCCGAGGCAGGCAGUUCUUAAUGAAGAGAGCAGCGCUAUGUCGAGGAGGAGCAAGGAGCUUUUUUGUAAUGAAAAAUGAGGAAUGCUUGUGAGGAAAUGACCUAGAGGCCUUACAAAUACAUUUGUGCAUUCUUGCUGCAGACUCUACAAUUGAAGGCAAACUCAAUCUGGAAGCACCACUUAUUAAUAUUACAUUGGAAACAACUACCUCAUCAUACAGAAGAAAAAAAGAAGGCUUGCAAUAAUAAACACUCUAGUUUUUAAUAACUUGUACUUGCAAAGUCUUCAGAAGACAAAACAGAUUUUUUUUUUCAGUAUUAAGAAGAGACACUACAAACAAACUGAUCUGACAGACUGGAUCUGUCAAGACAUGGAAGAUAUUUGAUCUGCUGACAUUAUUAAGGACUUUGUUUUUCAAGGAAAGAGUCUCUGCACUGCUUUUACAAUCGCUGUUGAUCGGUGGUUUUGUUCCACUUUUCCUGGUAUUACGAGUUGGAAAGCUCCAUUAAGCUAUUACUCCUAAAAGAUUAUUUACGUUUUAUGAACUUUAACAUCGGAUGUCAACAAGUGCUGGCAAGGAAAUUAUAGGAGUUAGCUUUCUUCCCUUCAUAGUGCAUCUUAUGUACAUAGUGAGACUACUAAAUGAGAGAGAUUUUUUUUGUUUUGUUUUCAGAUACUUCAGCUUGCUUUUUGAGUUCACUUUGUAACUGCAGCAGGGCUGCACUGAACACUGAAAAUACUAAGUCAGCAAAUCUGCUGCCUUUUUCACUGCUGAUACUGAUUAUACAGACGCCUGCCCUUUUGAAAUGCCUUUUAUGAAGCAUAUGUACACAGUCCUCCACUGUUACUAUACAUAACUUCAUUUCUGAGGAAGGAAUUUGACAACAGAUUGCUAAUCCAAGGAAUUUUUGAACAACUACUCACUUAUGUAUUGCUGUAGUGCACAGGAAAGUAAAAUGGACUAUAAGCGGCGCUUUUUGCUUGGCGGGUCCAAGCAAAAAGUGCAGCAACACCAGCAGUAUCAAAUGCCUGAGCUAGGCAGGACCUUGAGCGCACCGUUGGCAUCUACUACCCCAGCUUCCCCUUUGGUCUCCUCAGCUGCUGCAGGCAGCUGCAACCACCCUGUGUCCCAUACUACUCCGAUUGCAGACAUCCAGCAGGGAAUCUCCAAAUAUCUGGAUGCACUCAAUGUGUUUUGCCGUGCGAGCACUUUCCUUACAGACCUUUUCAGCAGCGUAUUUAGGAACUCACACUAUUCAAAGGCAGCUAUGCAACUGAAAGACGUGCAGGAACAUGUCAUGGAAGCAGCGAGUCGACUCACGGCAGCAAUAAAACCAGAAAUAGCAAAAAUGCUGAUGGAGCUGAGUGCUGGAGCUGCAAACUUCAAAGAUCAAAAGGAAUUCAGCCUACAGGACAUUGAGUUACUUGGACGAUGUUUCUUGACAGUGAUGCAGGUUCACUUUCAGUUUUUGUCACAAGCUUUGCAGAAGGUCCAACCAGUGGCACACUCUUGUUUUGCUGAAGCUAUAGCUCAGGAAAGGAAGAAUGCUAGUGGGGUGGGAACCUCCAAUUUGAGCCCCACAACUGAGCUAGAAGAUGCAGUACGAUCAUGGAGAGGAGCUGCAGAGGCCACAUCUCGGCUGAGAGAAAGAGGCUGUGAUGGGUGUUUGGCUGGAAUUGAGGUUCAGCAACUCUUCUGCUCACAAAGUAUGGCAAUCCCUGAGCACCAGCUGAAAGAACUGAAUAUGAAAAUUGACAGUGCUUUGCAGGCAUAUAAAAUCGCUUUGGAGAGUUUGGGCCAUUGUGAAUAUGCAAUGAAGGCUGGCUUCCACUUGAAUCCAAAAGCUAUUGAAGCAAGUUUGCAGGGCUGCUGUUGUGAAGCUGAAGCCCAACAAACAGGAAGGAGACAGACUCCACCUCAGCCAAUUCAGUGUGAACUCCCCACCGUACCUGUUCAGAUAGGAUCCCAUUUUCUAAAAGGAAUAUCCUUUAAUGAGUCUGCAGCAGAAAACCUGAAGCUGAAAACGCACACAAUGCUACAACUGAUCAAAGAAGCUGGUUGCCAUAAUGGACUUACACCCCGGGAUGACUCUCCUGUUACUGAAGUACUAAAUCAGGUUUGCCCGUCUACUUGGCGGGGAGCCUGCAAGACUGCUGUACAGUUAUUAUUUGGCCAAGCUGGAUUGGUGGUUGUGGACACAGCGCAGAUUGAAAAUAAAGAAGCAUAUGCUCCUCAAAUUAGUUUAGAAGGAUCCAGAAUUGUGGUGCAAGUCCCAUCAACUUGGUGUCUGAAGGAAGAUCCAGCAACAAUGUCUUUACUGCAGAGGAGUCUGGAUCCAGAGAAGACUUUGGGACUGGUAGAUGUGCUCUAUACUGCUGUGUUUGACGUAAACAGGUGGAAGGAAGGAAGGGAGCAAGCUUUGCCCUGUAUUCAGAUCCAGUUACAGCGUGAGAUCUGUGACUUUGGGAAUCAAGUUGACAUGCCGUCUGGAAAUGGAAGCAAGUCAUCGGGAGGCCUGCAAAAGACUUUCUCAAAACUGACUUCACGGUUUACAAAGAAAACUUCCUGCACCAGUUCAAGUAACAGUGGAAGUUACUCUAUCCCCAGUACGCCUUCCAAAAAUGUCUUCAUAGGUAGCAACGCAGAGGAGAAAACUAAAAUGCCCAGUAACAUAGACACACGAUUACAAAGUAUUUUGAAUAUUGGUAAUUUCCCUAGGACUAUAGAUCCAUUACAACCAACUCAGAGCACAAGUAACCAAAUAGUCAAUGGAUUUCUUGUUGAAAGGUGUGAUAAUUUCCUUAAAGGAGAUGAUGGCAAGGAUGAUAAAGGUAUGAAUUUACCAACUGACCAGGAAAUGCAGGAGGUUAUAGAUUUCUUAUCUGGUUUUAAUAUGGGCAAAUCCCAGCAGACUUCUCCAUUGGUGAAAAGAAGGAACUCUGUUCCAUCUUCUGCAGCAACAGAACAAAAAUCGGGAGCAGUGCAGCAACCACAGUCUAUAUCUCACUCAUCUCUGCAUCCUUCUCAGCAAGGGUUGUCACAGCAACAGCAGUCACAAAAGCAGCAGCAGCAGCAAAUGCAGUAUUAUCAACAUCUUCUCCAACCAAUUGGAGCGCAGCAACAGCGUGUAUCCAGUAAAUGGGCGAAUAAUUCUUCACAGCAGUCAGCACAAGCAGUUGGGGCUGGAUUGUCUCAUAUUAGUCACUGGAACAAUCCUGGCUUCUCAGAUCUGAGCUCUGAUUUGUAUAGUUUGGGUCUUGUGAGCAGCUAUAUGGACAGUAUGGUGUCUGAGAUGUUAGGACAGAAACCACAAGGACCUAGAAACAACACAUGGCCAAACCAUGACCAGAAUGAUGGAGUCUUUGGGAUGUUGGGAGAAAUUCUGCCUUUUGAUCCUGCAGUUGGCUCUGAUCCAGAGUUUGCCCGCUAUGUAGCCGGGGUCAGUCAGGCUAUGCAACAAAAAAGGCAAGCACAGCAUAUCCGUCGCCCAAGCAACACACGUAGCAACUGGCCUCUUCCUGAUGAUCCUCACAGAACCUGGCCUUUUCCGGAGUAUUUCACAGAAGGUGAUGUGACAAACAGCUGGUCCGGUAAUCAAGGAGACUCAGCCAGCUCAAGUGAUGAGACCUCCUCAGCUAAUGGAGACAGUUUGUUUUCCAUGUUCUCAGGGCCAGACCUUGUUGCUGCCGUCAAGCAAAGGAGAAAACACAGUAGUGGUGAGCAGGAACACAGCACACUACCAUCGCCACCUCUUCUUUCCACUGUAGAUGAUCUGAAUCAGGAUAAUAAAACCAAAACUUGGCCUCCUAAGGCCCCUUGGCAGCAUUCUUCAUCUGUUUCAAACACACUACCCAAUCAGAAUAUAUCUUUGUAUCAGAUGAGUAAUCCAGUCAGUCAGUGGAAUGACACAAUGCAGAUUUUACAGUCACCAGUUUGGUCUACAGCCAGUGACUGUGCUCCAUCUACAGGGAUUUCCUCCAAUUUUGCCUAUGCUCAGCAGCAACACUCACCACAGCAGCAGACUUCCCAACACAAACAGCUGAAUAAGGGCUUUAAAUCUUUUCCAGUAAAGCACGAACGCAGACCAUCUUAUCUGCAUCAAUACUAACUGCUUUUUUAUAUUGGAAAGAUGCCUCAUAGGGCCAAACAGUCUUAUAAAUUAUGUAUAUUAUCUUUGUUUCCUCUUUGUGUUUUGGCAGUGUUCUGGUUAUUUUGUUAUAUGUGGAGUGAAAACUUUAUGGUGAUGUACAUAGGUUUUAAAUUGUUUUACAGUGCUGAGCAAACAGACAGUAUAUUUGUUAAAUGUAUAUGAAACAGCCCAAAACUGUGAGGCAAAACACUUUUAAAAUGUGUAUAUUACCUUUACUUUUCAAACCCUUUUAAAAAAAAAAUUGCUAAGACUACCAUGCAAGACACUGUAUUUUAUAGCUAUUUUCAUAUAGAUUUAUAGUUAAACAUCUGCUAAAAUGCAUUUAUUUUUUAAGCAAAUAUAGCGGUUGCUUUUGCUCAACACUGUUGUUGUUUAGAUUUAUAAUGGACAAGUUGUAGUCUUUGUAUUCUAAGUAAACAGCCUGUGACAACUUUUUUUUUUAGUGAAGUGGGGCAGCAGCUUUUAACAUGCCAUGCAAGUGGGUUUGUUACAGCAGUGUUGCAAAAACCAUUGCAAAAUUAAGUUUUGCAGUCAUUUCAUUAAUGUAAAUAUAGAGCAGCUGGAAUCCCUCAAACUUGCAUUUCAAAUGUUUUCUUGGGUGCCAAAGGUAGAUGGUAUGGUAUCUGUGUGAAUAUGACUCUGUUGAUUUUCAAAUACACAAUUUGAUACUUCUACUUUUGGCCAAAGGCAUUACCCCCACAGUGCUCCUUAAAUGAGUAAAACUAUAGCUAAGACUACUUGCAUAUAUUUAAAGUCUUAUUUCAGAUGCUACAGUUAGAGUAAAAAUUGUGAGCUGGCUCAGAAGAGAAACUAGAAUUAAAAUGUGGGUAGCAGAUACUUAAAAGUAUAUUAUGUGCCAUUACAAAGUUUAACCUGUGGAACUUGGAAUAACCUUCCAACCAAAGUGGAUCCAGCAGUGUGUGACUGGUGCUUAAAUUGGAGGGGGGUGGGAAGUAAAUAUAUGUAUAGUUAUCCCAUUGUAUAUUAAUUGAAGUUACAGAAGAUUCUUUAUAUAGUUAAAGCUUAUUUAAAAUUUUCAUAUUUCAUCUUUAAAAGAGUAAUUAAAUCAUAUUUUCUGGUAUAAAGUUUUGACAGUAUUAAUCUUAUUUUUAUAUUUUCUUAAAUCACUAUACCAUUCUAAUAUGUUAUCUAUUAGUAAAGUGGUGGUUUAGUUCUAACUACAUAUAAAAAUUUUUCUGCAAAGAUAGAAGUACAUUUAUGUUCCCAUUUUUCUACAAACUAAGUACAUCUAUAUCUAAAGAUACCAAAAAAUAAAAUAUAUAUAUAUAUAUAUAACAUAUACAACACUAAUACUAUUAAACAUUUGGGUGUUUAAAACCCAUUCACUCCUUUUGUUUGUAUGGUGAUGGGCUGUAGUUGCAGGCCCAGAAUGUUACCUUUUGUGCUGUUUAAGGAUGCCAAUGUUGCCUGUAUUUGAUAUACUGUCACCACGUUUUCUGAAAAUUCAUACUUACCAUGUUUACAGAGAAUUGUUUGCUGUACAUAGACUUUUUACAGUAAUGUGCUUUGCACAAUCAGCGUGGCUGUUGUCUGUAAACUGUUAAUGUUCUGUACUAUUUUACUUUUGAAAACCCUCUGCUGGAAGUACUAGUCAUUAUUUAGCUUGACAAAUGGUUUGAAGUUUCCAAAAGCUUGACAAUAUUUGAUCCUAAAUUUGGUUGUAUUUAUGUCCCAUGAUUAUUCAUACUAAAACCAAAAUGCAAAUUAGGUUUAUUUAUAACUUUGAACUUUUCCUAACCAGUGCCAAAACUGUUGUUGCAGUUUUUGUAAUUUACUAUUACUUACAAAUAUUGAAAGUUUCUAAACUUAAUCCAAGUGAAUUGUGGAAACAAAAUUGAAACCAUUUCUGUGUCUGCAUUUUGACCAUGUAGGUGCUAUGUCCUGUGCUGCCGAUUGUUCUGAACACUGGUAAUUUUUAACAUUGUUGCACUUGGCAAACAAGUCUUGCCAUAAAAUCUGUUAUCAUUUACACUGCCAAGUGCAAGGGUUUGGUGCUUAGUUAACUUACCCUUAUUGCAGUGUUUCUUGUGAAUAGCUAAUGCUUCUGAACUGGAACUGAACAUUUUGUAUUUUACUUUUAAAGCGCCUGAAAGUAAAAGCUAUUUGCUUUAUUAAAGAUAUACAUUUAAUAAUAGGUCA